GGCUCCAUUGUUCCUGCCUUGGGAGCUGAGCCUCCUUGCGACUGCCUGGAAAUAGCACCCAGAGCAGCCCCUGGCAAGGAGGCCGCACUGCAGAAGGGGCGGGACCGCGCGCCUCCCCUUUAAGGAGGCUGUCGAUGAAGUCACCGCUGCUUCGCCAGCGUCGGGGAUCUGCGAGGUUCGCCCAGUCCAGCCGAGGGCAGACGACGACAACAACAACAACGAAGGCGGCAGCAGGCGGAGGAAGCGGCGGAGGCGGUGACAGUCGGCUCGGAUUGCCCGCAGGCACCUGCUGCCCCACAACAAGCAGGCCCUCUUAGGCGGGUGCCCCCCGUGCAUCGCCGGAGCGCCCCUGGAAAGCUCUGUGCUGCCCACCGGGACCUUUGCCGUGCGCGGCGGUUCGAGUGCCGGCGACGCUUUUGUUGCCCCCAACCCCGGCCGAGAUGCCUUCGGACCGGCCUUUCAAGCAGCGGCGGAGCUUCUCGGAUCGUUGUAAAGAGGUGCAGCAGAUCCGAGAGCAGCAUCCAAACAAAAUUCCAGUCAUUAUUGAAAGAUACAAGGGGGAGAAACAGCUGCCUGUGCUGGAUAAGACCAAAUUCCUAGUUCCUGACCAUGUCAAUAUGAGUGAAUUGGUAAAAAUAAUCCGGCGCCGGCUGCAGCUGAAUCCCACCCAGGCCUUCUUCCUGUUGGUGAACCAACACAGCAUGGUGAGCGUUUCCACCCCCAUCUCUGAGAUCUACGAGCAAGAGAAGGACGAGGAUGGCUUCCUCUACAUGGUUUAUGCCUCGCAGGAGACCUUUGGCUACUGAGCAUACAACACCAGAGGACUGAUUCCAAACUGUUGCAUUGAUACCCCUGCCCCCCAACUCUCCCCGUCUUGGCAAACCAUACAGAGAGAGGGUUGUGGCCCAGAAGCAACACAAGAACCAUCUGUGCUCCUCCACCCUUGCUCAGUGUGUGUGUUUGUGUGUGACCCACAAGUCUCAACUCUUCCCUGCCAUUGCCUCUUCGCCUUGCGUGUGGCCCUCCCUGGUCCAUCCAUCCCACCUUCCCCACCGCUCUCUUUCUCUGUGUUGUCAUUAUGUCCUUUUUUUAGUCCAAUGCCAAACUGACAGGGCUUGCAGGCAGAGGAAGAAAAUAAAUCAUUUCCUUGACUGCUAGAGCAGGGCUGGGCUGGGGGUGGGCUGGUCCACUGAACCUUUUAUUAAAGGGCAGAAAGUCUACAGCGGCGGGAAGUAAGUAUCAUUGCUCCUGAGUUUUAAUUGAUUUUAAUUACUUGCAUAUCAAUUCUUGGUGCUACAAAGUAGAUGUAGGUGUCUCUACAAGACUGUGUAUAAUGUAUAUCUUUUAGGUUUAUUUUAUUGUUUUUUAAGCAGGAUGGGGAAUAUAAUUUGCUUGUAUUAUGUAGAUUCAAACAAACCCAAGCUUCUUUGCACUUUAAAAUGUAGUAGAAGUGAGAGUGGAAUUAGGUUAAUUUUCACACAUCUGUACCCUGUGCUGCUUCUCUGUUGAUAUUUGUACUUGCCUUUUAAGGUGGCUGGUUUUUUAAAAAAAGAAAACAAGCCAGCCUCUCUUUCCUUUCUUGGUCUCUUGCAUGCAUGGGAUUGUGUUUUCUUCCUCUUCUUUUAGUCUUGUUUUCAUAAACAGACCAUUCACUCACGGAAUGUACUGAUUUAUAUUGCUACUUUUUUUCCUUUUUAAAAAUUUUACGAUACCAAAAAAGCGUGUAUGAAAGGAAAAAAAACCCACCCAAUUGAAUCUAUACAAAUAUCUAUAUAAAUAAAGAUAAAUUAAAAUUG